UCAUUCCCUUUUUUUUCUCCCAAGGGCAACGAAGGAAACAGUGGAGGGUAGGAGAGGAGAAGGAGUGAGGUGUGGGGGAACUGCUGCUAUGAAUCUGUAAGAGCCUCGUUAGGGAAAUCGUCCCGCCCCUCAUUCCUCUUCUCCCUCUCCCCCCCCUCAUAUUUGUGGGGGGGACUGAUAGAGAGAGGCACACACAAACACUCACAAAUCCUUCAGCAACUGGCUGGAUCUCGUCUCCCCCUCACUCCCCACCAUGACAACAAAUCCAGCAUUAGAAUCGCCAUCCACCCCAUGGCCACACAGCAGGCUUCUGAUGGAUGAAGAAGAUUCUUUGGUGCCUGGAUGUGCUUCCCAAAGCCCAGAGAGUAGCUGAAGCGGGACGUAGCCAAUGUCGUCCAGCAAAGGGGCGGGGGCUGGAGCUCGCCGGCGGCGGACGCGGUGCCGGAAGUGUAAAGCUUGCCUGCGGUCAGAGUGUGGGGAGUGCCACUUCUGCAAGGACAUGAAGAAGUUUGGGGGGCCCGGGCGCAUGAAGCAGUCGUGCCUCCAGAGGCAGUGCACAGCGCCAGUUCUACCUCACACGGCCGUGUGCCUGGUGUGCGGGGAGGCCGGGAAAGAAGAUACUGUGGAGGGCGAGGAGGAGAAAUUCAACCUGUCACUCAUGGAGUGUACCAUCUGCAAUGAGAUUGUGCAUCCGGGCUGCUUGAAGAUGGGAGUUGCCGAAGGGGUCAUCAACAAUGAGAUUCCAAACUGUUGGGAGUGUCCCAAGUGUAAGAGAGAAGGCAAAUCGAUGAAAGACUCAGGUGAUGGCAUGGGGAAGCGCCGUUCUGACAAUGGGGAGGAUGGUGUGCGGUGGAAACUGACAGAUGAGCCAGCUCAGAACAAGAAGAAGUUGGCGCCAGCUCCACCCCUGCCCCCUCCAUCCGCUGAGGAGAGCCAAGUUCUGGCCGGAGCCCAUAAGCGCAAGAAGGAGAAAGAUCUCCCACCGCCAGACACGGGACCCAAGAAGAAGUUAAAAGGGACACGGGAAAAGCAUUUGAAAAAGGCUACGGAGCAGCCACCUGAUGGAAACAAGUUGCAAUCCAUGCAGACCUGGAGCCGAAUGGGCAGCGGGGAUUUUGAGGUGAAGGGUGCUAUCUCCCACCCAUCCAUCCACUUGAACCAGAUCACGGCCAGCGACUUAGAGAAGCCGAAGGGUCCUCCUGGCCCUUUGGAGCCCUCAGCCCAGGCCGACCGGUCCCAUCAGCGGGAGAAGCUGGAACGCUUCAAGCAGAUGUGCCAGAUGUUGGAGCGGGUGAAGAACAGCAGCAGCUCCAGUUCCAGUUCUGACUCGGACUCUGACACAGACUCCCGGGGCUCGGAGGGCUCCAGCGGGGGGGUGUCGAGCCGAGCCACCUCCCCGGCCACCCGUUCCCAACGCCUUGCUGCCUUGGGCUUCAGCGCCAGCGAAGAAGAGGAGGAGGAGGAGGAAGAGGAGGAGGAAGAGGAGGAGGGCGGGCGGCGCAAUGGAGGGUCGGAGGCGACGGCGCGGAAUGGCAAACAGCCCAAAGCUCGCGGGAACUCUCAGGAGAAAGAGAACAAUCAUCGUCCGUCCAGCCGGGGGAGCGAACGGGCCAAGCAGCAGGCGGGCGGGCGCAAGGCAGGCCGGCCUGCUGGACAGACGGGGCUCCGCAUGGUGGCCCGGACUCAGUUCCUCCACUGGCCCCUGGUGCCCUCCCCUCCCAAGCCCCUGCUGCAGCUGGAGCGGCACGUGGUCCGGCCGCCGCCCGACAGCCCCGAGCCCGACUCCCUGCCCUUGGACAGCGGCUCCGACCACAUCGUGCAGCGGGACAUUUGGCUGGCCGUCUUCCAAUACCUCAGCUAUCGGGAGCUGUGCGUCUGCAUGAGGGUGUGUCGGACGUGGAGCCGUUGGUGCUGUGACAAGCGGCUUUGGACGCACAUUGACCUGAGCCGCCGGAAAUCCAUCACUCCCUCCAUGCUGAGUGGCAUCAUCCGCCGGCAACCAGCCAGCCUUGAUCUCAGCUGGACCAACAUUUCUAAGAAGCAGCUCAUGUGGCUUCUCAACAGGCUACAAGGCCUUAAAGAGCUCAUCCUGACAGGUUGCUCCUGGUGCUCUGUGUCGGCACUCAGCACAGCCAACUUCCCUUCCCUGCGGCUUCUGGAUUUACGCUGGAUUGAGGAUGUCAAGGACUCCCACCUCCGUGAGCUGCUGUUGCCUGCCACAGAUGCCAAGCCAGGUCAGACUGACAGCCGGGGCCGGCUCCAGAAUGUUUCUGAGCUGCGGCUCUCUGGGCUCGACAUCACAGACUCGUCACUGCGCUUGGUGAUCCGGCACACCCCUCAGCUUGCCAAACUGGAUCUGAGCCACUGCAACCACGUAGGCGACCAGUCUGUUAACCUGCUGACCGCUGCUAACUCCCCGCUCCGAGAGACCCUCGCUGAGCUCAACCUUGCUGGAUGUAACCGGCUGACGGAUCAGUGUCUGCCCCUUUUCCGCCGCUGCCCACGCCUUUCCCGAAUCGACCUCCGCUCUUGCCACCACGUCACCCCGGAGGCCUGCGCCCGCUUUGCCGAGGACUCGGUUUCCAACAGGGCCUCGGCGCCUCCCGCUCCUGGCUCCGUGCCUCUUUUCCGUUGCCCCGAGGAGAAAUUGUUGCUGAAGGACAGCUAAUACCCGCUCUGGGGUGGAGGCGCAGGAAGACUUUUGCCUCACCGAUCCGACAGCUGGACACACGGACUCUGAGAGAACCUUUUUACUUAAAGCCAUGCACUGAACCGGAAUAUGGCGUCUCCACCCUCCCCCCGAUGUGUGCGCAGCAAAAGAGGGUGAGGGGGGUUGUGCCCUCCCUCCCCUUCGCCUGGCCUGCCACAGGGGGCAGGUUGCCUUUCACUCCAACCCCCCCCCUUGUUCCAGGACCGAGCCAUGGAGUAAGUGGGGCCUGAGGUAGCCUGGUCGCUUUACAAUGUUGGGGGAAGGCGUAUUCCGCUCACCAUGCACUGCGUCAUCCCAUUCCCUCCUCCCCCCCCUCUAGAAAAAGAAAAUCGGCCUGUGCCGCAGUUGGUACCACGCUCUCUCUUGGGGUGGGGGUGGGAAGCUGGCACUCCGCCUUGAAACGCUGGCUCAGGAGGAAGGCAGCUUAUUUGUAUGGUAUCAGAUUAUUAUUUUUCUCAUCCCGUUUCCUCCCCCCCAUCGCCAACACCCCCCCAAUGCCAAUGUGCACUCCUAAACACUCUCCCUCCCCCCUCACACACAUGCUGCCUUUAUGAUUUUUAAAAUGUGUGCGUGUCUGCCUGUCUGUAUGACUGUCUGCCCUUCCCUCCCCCACCCUCCACAAAUGUUCAUUUUUGGUGCAUUUUUUAAAAAGGGGUGGGGAUGGGGGCCUCGGCAGCUGAUACAAACGGUGACCUGCCCUACCUCGCUUAAACACACCCACUGAGAUUCCACCCAUCCACCCAUGCCCACACCUCUUUUCCUGUUUCAGACUUUUGAGUUGCCACCUAUGCAUGGGGUUCAGCUCCCCAGGUGCUCCUAAAAGGUGGGCUCGCUGCGUCGUACACAAUCCUCCUCCAUCUCCCACCUUUCGACCCUCCACCCCAGCUGAUCUGAAUGUGCAGGUGGGCUUGGGCCCACCUGUGAAUCUCGACCCGUGUGCCUCACAUGCGCACAAAUUAAUCUCAGACACCAAAAGGAGUAACGUACACGCUCUACGGUUUGUAUGUACGCUGCGACCGCUGCUAUAUUGUUUACGUACAAAACCUUCAUCCAUGCGCACAUGCAAGCCACAUGCAUGACUGGGCUCUCUGAUGAAUGUUCAGCCCCACCCUUCACUUGACCUCCCGUCUGUCGUUCCUGUCCCGUUCGUACCUCUUCAUUCCAUUCACGUCCAUUUGUGGGGUGCACAUCCAGAAGCCUCCGCUGCAGAUGUAGCAUGGCGCAUGGAGGGGGGUGUAGCUCAGAAACACCUCUGACUGUCCAUGUUCCUCUUUUAUCCCUCUGGGGUUGCUUAUGUCAGGCGUGUGUGUAGACAGGCAUAAGGCAGGUGUUCAGUCCCUUCUGUUCUGCCUGUGGUGGCCCUUGCAUCUCUGUGGGACAGCUGCUUAACUUGGCGACUGUGAGCAGAACAGUCUUUUUUGCCACCCUGAACAUUGCCUCGCUCCAAGUACCACUUCAGACUGCAGGGGCAUAUGUGGGUAUACACACCCCAUUGCCUGUUUACAUGCACACAUUUUUGUAAGCCUUCCUGACUGAGUGAAUUAGCCCAUGAGGAAGAUUGUCACACUCAAACUCUCCGUAUUUAUUGAGAACGAGCAGGGAACCUCUUCUGAGGAAAGAUGUGGAGAAGAAAAUGAAGUCACAUAUGUGUGAGAAAGAACGGGGGGGGAACAACCACCACAUGCACUUUCUCUUUCUGUGGUAUGAAGUGGUAUGGUCUAUCCUACCACCUCCUCCUCCUGCAUGUGUAAGAGUCCUCCAACGGCCUGUUUUCACAGGUUCUUGAGCUGCACAAAAUAAACUGCAGCCCGACCCAUAUUUACCCUGCAAAAAAGUUAUGAGGCAAAACUCCUCAACCCUAUGAAAAGGAGUCAUGCUGUAAAAGGAAUGUGAGGGACCCCUUCCCUCAGACUCGAAGAGGUGGGAAAAGCAGGUCAGAGGAGAAAAGAAAUGGCAGCUACUGUGAAUUCUAGCACAUGCAUCUGAACAUGCGUGCCACAGAUAUUACCUUCUCUUCCUGCCCCUCCACAUGUGUGCACACCUUGUCAUCCCUGUCUACACCUGCACACUCUCUCUUCUGCACUUUUCCUUCCAUUUUCUGUGGGAACCUGUACUGAUAAUUUCGCUCCAGCAGCAUUCCUAGCCCCAUCUUCUAAGACUUCUCUUUAAUUUUCUCCCUUACACCCCUCUUUCAAGCCUCUCUCUCAGGGGUGGUAUGUAUGGGUAAAGACUCUGUAUCAAACUCUCCUUUGACUAGAAGCAAACAGGGUGGGAGCUGUCGUCAGGUUCCGCAUAUCGUACUUUUUCUUUGUUUCCUCCACCCCCUCGCUCCCGUCUUCAGAGAACUGAUGUGGCUCAUUCUCUACCCUCUUCCUCAUCACCUUCUCUCUCUCCCUUUGAUCCAUAAGCUUUAAUGACCACUUUUUUGGAAAUGGUGGGAAGGGACCAUAGAGUUGUGUUUUCCCCGGCACGAACCUGCACAUGUUGGGUUGGGGAUGAGCCAGCCUCGUCUUAAUUCUGAUUGCCCUUCUUCCCCUGGUUUCAAACUUGAACCUUUCUUCCUUUUUAGAAGCAUGUAUGUCUGCUUCUCUCUCUCUCUCUCUCUCUCUUUUUUUUUAAAGGCUUGGGAAGAAAAACACUAUAGAAAAAAAGGCACAAGAAGAAUGUUCCGAACUGAACUUGUGCCCAUUAUUGGCUUCUUGCCGAUGGAGGUGGGAUGAUGACAUGGAUGCUACAGCUCUUCUUCUCAUCCUUCAUAUAUGCCAUUUUAGGGACCGGGGAGAGGCAAUCUAAUACCUUCUUAAAGGUGCCCAGUGAGCCUAGUUCACUCCCACCUUCUUCUGUUUAUCGUCCUCACCUCCCUCCGUACUUGGGUUUCUUACUAUCUUACUAGAAACAAUGAGGGUUAGGUUUAGUGGGGUGAAUGCAUCCUUGAGCUGGAGGAGAUUCUCUGGAUUCCUUACAGCCUAGAGUUCUCCACCUGUCUUACUACAAAGAUUUCCUAUAUCUUGUCCCCUCCACCCAUCCGCCAAAGGCCUCCCCCCCCCUUUCCACUUCUCUGUCUUGUCUCCCCUCCGGUGUCUCUCUUUGGGACGAUCAGAGAGUACUUGGCACAUCAAACCUGCGUCUGUAUUGGGAGGGAGGGGGCAUGGUAUGAGGCUGGCUUUCAAACUGGUAACCAUAACUUUUUCUUUUAAUAUAUACUUGAACGUUCAUUUAUUACUAAAGCAUUACUUGAAGAAGAAGAAGAAACCGCAGCGAUAGGUCAUGGAAUUGGAGGCGAGUUUUUCAGUGUGUGUUUGUUUGUUUUUUUAAACACGUUCUGUUGGGUGCUCUUUUUUUAAUCUUUUUUUUUUUUAAGAAAAUGGGUUCUGUUUACUUGUUUGUCUUUUUUAUUUUGUUUUUCACUUUUCUUAUUAAAGGAAAAUCCUUCCCUCUCACGCCAUUAGCCAAAGAGGGCCAAGGUAUCUUAACUUUCCACCACCCCACCCCACCACUUAACACCCUGUCUGGAGUUUAUUUCCAUAUAGGACUUGCCUCUGCCCUCUGUCACUCCUUAGAAAGCCCUAUUAAGAAAGUAUUACAAAUUUGAGGAGUCGAAGGGGAGACUUUGGGGUGAAGUGAUGAUGGAGGUGGGGGAGUCUGUAUUCUGUAUUUCUAUGGGGAGGGUGGGGAGAACAUAAGCAGGCCUGUUUCCUUGAAAUGUUAAUUUCCCUUUUAGCACAGCAUCAAUAUGUACUGUAUUACCAUUCCGUAAUGUUGUAUCCUGUUCACUCCCCCCCACACGCACACACAAAAACUUCAAAUCUACAAACACUGUGGUGCAAGUUAGGAAGGUGGGUUGGAUCCCAGCAUAGAAAUUUGUUCUUUGCAUCCUACCCACCUGCCCUUCUCCAGGCUUUGACCCUCUGCUUUCAGUUUCUCCUCUUGAACACUACAAAAAGGCCCUCAAAGGCUCUGGGUUUCACCGUCACUGCUUGAUGGCGGGGGUAGGAAUCCAGGAGAACGAAAAGGGUAGCAUCAAAAUGGCAGAAGGGGCCGUUGCUGUCUUUGUCAUGGCGGCCCAGCCUCUCCUUUCUUUCUCUGACCACAGGCGACGAGGUGCUCUUUCAGACAUAUCAUUUUAGGGUUGGUGUGGGUGUUGGUGGUGUUUUAAAGGAACUCUUUUUGUGCUCGGUGGAUGAGAGAGAGAAAGAAUGAGAGAGAGAGAGAGAGGAAAGAAAAAUACCUCAGGUUUAAAAAGAAACAGUGAAGAAGAAGAAAAAAAGUCAAUAUCAUCCCAGGGUGGGUUACUGUAUAGAUUGCUGCUUUGUGGGGAGGUCAGUAUGGUGAACUGGGGAGUAUGGACCAAGUUGAGGAGGUGUCCAUAGCCAGGCACUUGCUUUUGAGUAGAAGUGGGAGCCCCCAUUCCUGCUCUGCUUCCCUCCCUGUACAUAAUAUGUGUUUCCCACGGCCACUCAGAAGAUCUAAGUUCACAUUAAUACCCAGGCGGUGGCCUCUGAAAUCCAAACAGAUCGCUCCUGGAAGGUUCAAAGAACUCAACAAAUACAUAUUUUCCACUGCCCCUCCAAAAGAAAUCUUCCAUCCCAUCCACUCUCUGGAUGUAGCCCCCCAAAAUUUCUCUUCCUCCUCCCCCAAGACCCCGAACAAUAGAGCUCCUAGAGGCUCACACAGAACUUUUCCCCAUUUUAGUGGACCAAAGCUGUAUUACCUUUCCUUUCUGCCCCAACACAUACACGCACCCCUCCACCACCACUUCUUUGUCCAUCAUGCCCAUGCCUGCUUUUCUCCUCUCCCCCCACCCCCUUUGCCUAUCCAUUCAGACCUUUGGAAAGUGGGAAAGCAAAGACAAAAAAAUUGGGGAGCAAAAUCCAGUGUGGAUCAAUGUGUCUUUCACAGUAUUCAAUCUGCACCCCUCCAUCCCAGCCCCUCGGGACUGUUCAGAUGGGGGCUGGGGGGAGGGAGGGCUGUGAGGCCAAGUUCCGAUCUGAAUUUCAGGGGUUCUGUUAUUGUACAAUAACUGUUUGCUAUUAUAAACAAAAGAAAAUCCCAAAAAAAUGAAGAAAAGAGAGAGACACAGAGAGAGAGAGAGAAAAUGA